CGGAGCUUGGUUAUCGUACAAACUCCUCACCGCCACAGGCCGCGUUUGGAGCUCUCUAUACAUAUAUGUCACCGGGAUCGCAGCCGAAGUCGAUUAUCUGUUUUUAAAGUCAAGGAAACCUCACAUUAGGACUCGUACCGCGGAUUUCACAAGAACACCAUCACGAUGGCGAACAUGGUCGGAGACUGGAUACUGGUUCCCGAGUUGACCACUGGUCAUGAUGAGUUUUCUAAAGCCAUGGGAAUGUCAGACGCAGAACGCGAGGCAACUCGCAACCUCGUGUACACCUUCCAUCUGUCACGUGACGGUGACGAAUGGUACAUGAAGGUGGUCACUGAAACUGGCGUCGUGUUUGUUGACACCAAGUUCAGGAUGGACGUGCCCUUCACCUAUUCGGAUCUCGACAAGACCGCAACGCUAACGAGCCUGAUCUCUCUACGAAAUGAUCACUUCAUCGAGAAGAUGACUCAAGACAAGAACGGGGUCGUCAUGCACUGGGACGUGGACACCUACAGAGAUGGAGACUUCGUCAUUACAGCUCAGACCAAGGAUGGCGCCACGGAGACACAGAGACUGAGAAAACGCUGACUUCCUCUUAAAUCACGUGCCAGCUUCAUACCUGAUGAACUACCUCUUCACCUGCCUCACACUUUUCAAGUCAAUGCUAUUAUACCAAUAGUCAUGUUCGAUCUGUUUCAUGUGUACUGACUGACUGUGUAAGUACGUUAUUGACGUGUUAUGUGUUAUAGUCAGACUCAGUCAUAUAGUACUCCUUCAGGCAACUUGCCUUCAUAUGAAUCCUAUCACUAUCGCCGUCACUGCUACUGCUUCUGCUACUACUACAGCUACUGCUACUGUUCUGUUCACUACUACUGCUACGACCAGUGCCCUCUGCUGCUGCUACUGCUACUAUCAAUACCAAAUACUGCUACUACUACACCUACUGCUACUUAUUGUACUGCCUGCUUCUACAGCUACUGUCAAUACCAAUACUGCUACUGCUACUCCGCCGUGAUAUUGCUGAACUAUUGCCAAAAGCGGCGUAAAACCAUACUCACUCACUACUCCUACUGCCAUGACUGAGCAGUCGAGCUGAUGUCUAUUACUACAGAUGUUUUAUUCCAAAAGUGUGAUGUAAAUCAUAUAUCGUGUGACGCUUCAUUAAACAUUUCAAUCUCUA